GAACUUUUAAUUGGUCUUAUUCAUUGAUUUGUUCAGUGCAUACUUUGGGGAACUCCUCUACAACAGGAACUGUGGUUCACACUGCACUCAGAUGUCAUCAGAGUUCCCAGGACUGAGGAUUUCUCAGUCUUUGUUACUGGAGAGGAAGAAAAGAGAGACGAGGAGAUGGCAAAUGUAUAGGUCAUCGGUUCCAUGGACUCCUGUGGAAUAAACUAUGCAUGUUGCUGAGGUGCCUUAGAAGGAGCUCUAGCAGGGAAUGGAGGUUGAAGCAGGGCAUCAUACACAGUGAGGAAUGCCUUGAGACUCCCGCCAUUUUUCUUUGAGGUAGGCCUUGUACACUCCCCAUGGAAACAAUAAAUAAAACUGCUAAUAUCCAUUUCUUCUUCCGUCCAUUCUCACCUGACCCUGGGGUGCAGAUGGUGAUUUUUGUGGCCUUUUUAGUGAUGUACCUGACCAGCCUCAUUGGAAACGCCACAAUCGCUGUGGUUGUCCAUACUAACCACUCGCUCCACACCCCCAUGUACUUUUUUCUGGCUAACUUGGCAGUUCUGGAAAUCUUCUACACAUCAGCCAUUGCACCUCUGGCCUUGGCAAACCUUCUCUCAAUGGGAAAAACUCCUGUUUCCAUUACUGGUUGUGGCACUCAGAUGUUUUUCUUUGUCUUCUUGGGUGGAGCUGACAAUGUCCUGCUUGCAGUCAUGGCGUACGACCGGUUUGUCGCAAUCUGCUACCCCCUGAGAUACACACUUAUCAUGAGCUGGUCCUUGUGUGUGGAGAUGGUGGUGGGGUCCCUGGUCCUGGGAUUCCUUCUGUCACUGACACUAACUAUUUUAAUCUUCCAUCUCCCGUUCUGCCACAACAAUGAGAUCUAUCACUUCUACUGUGACAUGCCUGCAGUCAUGCGCCUGGCUUGUGCAGACACACACGUUCACAGGACCGCCCUGUUUAUCAUCAGCUUCAUCGUCCUGAGCAUCCCCCUGUCUCUGAUCUCCGUCUCCUAUGUCUUCAUCAUCACAGCCAUUUUACAGAUCCGGUCUGCUGAAGGGCGACAUCGAGCCUUCUCUACCUGCUCUUCCCACAUCAUAGUGGUGCUCCUGCAGUAUGGCUGUACCAGUUUUAUAUAUUUGUCUCCCAGUUCCAGCUACUCUCCUGAGAUGGGCCGAAUGGUGUCUGUGGUCUACACUUUUAUCACACCCAUUUUAAACCCUUUGAUCUACAGUAUGAGGAACAAGGAACUGAAAGACGCUCUAAAGAAGGCCUUGAGAAAGUUCUAGGGAGGGUGAACUUGUGAUUUAUUUUAAUCAAGGCACUCUGAAAAUAAAAUGGAAUUCUAUUACUAAUUAUGAAGGUUCCAGACAUACAUGGUGCA